AUGGCCAUGGAUGUGCUCGUCUCGGUUGCAUUGGACGAGGUGUGUGCCAGCCUGUCCGCAGGCCUCCCAGUAACCGGCCUAUGGACUGCGCUCUCCGGUGAGUUUGAGGCUGCCGGCCUCCCUCUUGACCUGGCCGUCAAGAGCGCCCUCUUUGCUCGUCUCAUUGCGCUCCCUCACAUCAGCCUCAUGGAGCGUAAACCUGGUAAAAAACCAGGUGAACAGGGUAAACCGGACGACACGCUCGUCCACUCGGCGGCGAAGACUGUGGAGGCGGCCGAACGGCACGGCGCUCUGCUUUUUGCGAGCCCGGCUCUCAGCAAUAACUUCCUCGGGAUUUAUGACCACAGGUACUCCGCUUCGAAGCUAAGUGCCAAGCAGAAGGGGACGCUAGAACGUGUCGGAGCAAGCAGAGAUCAUGAAAACAUCAUUGAACUCAACAAAGCUGACAUUACUAAAAGAGGCACAUGCAAAUUCUUGGCAAUUGCCAAUGCAUUAGAACUCCUGAAGGUUACUGGAAAUGGAAUGAAACCUGUAACCCUUUCUGGAAAAUUCUUCUUUAAUGCUUCUUAUUCACCCUUCCCAUUUGGUUCAGGAAAAAAGGCUUCUGAAUCUUCGAAAUGGCUUGUAGGGCAGCAAAAGAAUAUUGUGGACAGUACAGUUUGUUUGCAUCCAGAUCUACAUUGCAAGGAACUUGUUCGCCUCUUUUCUCUAGUAUUGUCAGGAGAGCUGCUUAUUUUACCUUCCUUGCCGAGUGGAGGAGUUGGUGAGGCUGACGAACCUAACAGCUUCAGUCCUUUAAUUGAGGAUACCAGUGAAUUGGAUUGCCGUACUCAUAAACUCAAGGCUACAGAGUUGAAAAGCAGUAGGAGUAAGAAACAGAAACCUUUGCCCAAGAUAGAUAGUGACUUCUGCUACCGUCGAGAUAAAGGCUUCCCUGGUAUCCAAGUGGCUUUGACUCAAGAGAGGAUUCAAACAAACAAUCUCAUGCAAAUGUUACAUCAUAAAGAUUGCCUUGUGUUUACUUUAGAUAGGGAAAUGGGCUGCAAGAAUGUUGACUCCCAGGUUGAAAGCCAUGACAUCUUGUCAGAUCUAAAUGAUCUGAGUUCAUGUCGCUGUUUAUUGUCUGCAUCUCGUUUGGAGAAUUCUCAUAGUGGAUGGCCUUGGGAUACUAUGGAAGUAUAUGCCAAGCAGUUGCCAUCAUUAUCUUGUAAUAAAGACGAACCAUUCUUUCUUUCUUCUGACCUGUUCAGAGAUGCAUUUUGUAUCAUUCAUCAAACUGGUGAACAAGGAAUUAAUUUGAGGGAAAUUUCACAGGCAUUGCAUCCGCUAGGAAUGCAAUCCAUCAGUUUGGUCGUUGAUAUGCUUGAGAGAUUUCAGCUGGUCAUGAAGAUCAAUGCAUAUGAUGGCGUGCAGAUUGUUGAUUCAAUACAUAAGCCAAAAUAUCAUAUAAGGACACCUGUCAAAUACAGUCAUUGCAACUGUUUGCGAGGUCCGGCUUCUGAAGUAGCAUCGAUUGAAGACACCAGAAAUAUACUGGAAGAGAAGCAUGCAAUGCCUAUUAAUUUGCAUGGAACUGUAAGGAAGGUUGGCGAUGGGCGCACACUGACAGUUCUUAAUGUUCAAAGAAAGGCGAGUUCUCAUUUGCACAGCCAAAGUCCUGCAGAUGAUGACGAGCCAUCUACUUUGAACUUGGGCAGUGGUUGCUGUCAUGUUUGCAAAAGUCAUAUUUAUCAUCCAAUAUUACCAUGGAUAAAUGGUGAUGGCAGCAUGAAUGGCACUGUCUAUGAAGGUUUAAGUCGUCGAAUUAUUGGAUAUGUCAUGCAGUAUCCAGGAAUUUCGGAGGAGGAUGUUAUCCAUCGUAUGGAUGUUCUGAAUCCUCAGACAUGCAGGACCUUGCUGGGAAAGCUGACAGUUGAUAAACACCUCUAUGUCCGGGUGUCCGAUGAACCAGUGCCAGCUGCUCCCAUCAUGCUGCAGAGUCUUCUGCGGCAAGGUCACUACAAAACCCCCUCCAAGUCUGGAAGGCGGUACUUCGCUAAUCCGAUGAGUACCUCCAUGCUGUAG